AUGGACUACUUGAAAUCGGUGGUGAAAGAAACUCUGAGGUUACACGCCCCAGGCCCUUUGCUCCCAAGAGAAGCAAGGGACACGGUUCAAAUUGGCGGAUUCAAAGUACCAGUUAAAUCAAAACUAAUUAUUAAUGUAUGGGCAAUAGGAAGAGACCCGGAGAUAUGGGGGGCAGAUGCUGAGUGUUUUAAGCCAGAGAGGUUUCAUGGCUCUUCUGUUGACUUUAAGGGUUUUGACUUUGAGUUCACUCCGUUUGGGGCCGGCAGAAGAAUAUGUCCAGGCAUGUCAUUUGGUGUUAACAUGAUUGAACUUGCUCUUGCUGAAUUGCUCUACCGCUUCGAUUGGAAACUGGCAAAUGGGAUGAAUCCAGACGAACUUGACAUGAGAGAGAGCUUUGGACUGAGCUGUAGGAAAAAGAAUGCUUUGUACGUAAUCGCCACCCACAUUUUACUUCACUCGGUGAGUUAG